UCGUGCACUUCCGGUCGGAGAAGCGGGACUUCCGGGAUUAGUUCUUGGAAGCGCUUUGCUGUUGAUCUCCCCCCCAACCCCGCCGCCCCAUCUCCGCAUUUCUGAUCUAUGGAGCCUCACGGGCAGGUUGGGGGAGAAUCCCAUCGGCCCGAUCAUGGUGGCGUUGGCCAGAGUGCAGUAAAUAUGAAUUAUGUGCCGACGGAAGAUGAAAGGAGAGUCUUCAGAGAAUGUAAUGAGGAGAGCUUCUGGUACAGAUCUUUGCCGAUGUCUGCCAUGGGCAUGCUGGUCACUCAGAUGUUAAUCAAGAAAGGAAUUCUUUCCACACAUUCAAGAUUUGGCUCUUUCCCAAAACUGGCAUUUGCUGGUUUAUGCGGCUACCUCGGUGGCAAGCUUUCCUAUAUGAGGGUAUGCCAAGAGAAGUUUAAGCAACUGGAGAAUUCACCGCUGGGAGAAGCUUUGAGGCUACGUAGACCUGUUUCACCUGAACAUUAUCCUCAAACACGGGAAUUCUCAAGUGUGCCUUACUCGUCCCCUUUUGAAACUUCUAGAGCGGCGGAAGCACCACUUUCUUCCAUGUACUCUGGGGAUAAUCGUGGAACGGAAUCUUCUCGCUCAGUCUAUGAACCAGUCCCUUUUAGUUCUUCCAUGAAUGAAUCUACCCCUACCGGAAUAACGGACAGUGUCCCUCAAGAACCUGGUCCAUCACUCGAAGCCAGUCCAAAGAAAAAAGGAAUCACCUAUGAUGAAUUGAGGAACAGAAACAGAGAGCUAUACGAAGCAGGAAUAACACAGAAGUCAGAACUUCCAUCAAGGUCACCACAGGAAAGACUUUCAAAGAAAGAAGUUAAAGUUAAUAAGUAUGGAGAUGCUUGGGAAGAGUGAAAAGCUUUCUACCUCUAGAAGACCUCUCUUCAAUCAAAUAUUUCAGCUUUAUCAGUGUUGGUCAAAUGUAUCUGAAUGUCCUGCUGUACUCUUUGGAAUACAGACCACUGUAAUUAAAAGAAAAACCCAAUACAUUUGUCUUCUCGCUUGAUAAGGUAAAAGAAUAGAUUGUUGCCCUAACAGUGUUUAACUUACACACAAAAAAGGAUAGCUAAUGAAAAUAUUACACUUUUUAAAGCGGCUAUUACUGUAUUUGCAAAGAGAGGAAACAUGUAGUAUUGGUGUAUACUUGUGAUCUGCUUGCAGUGCACGGCUGCAGAAAGGGAAGGGGUCAAUCGUUUAAGACCCCCUUAAUUUGUUUAAUCAUAAUCCACAUAAUCAUGCAAGAACAAAAGGGGUAACCAGUAUAUAGAAAGUAGCAAUUGAAGGGCAUAAGAGAAUGAUAGUUUUAGUUCCUCUAUGCAAGCUGAACCACAGCACAAGUGUUACACUUCAGUCAUUGGAGAGGUACUUCUGUGGUUACAUAGCACUUGUGAAGGGUCCGUAGGUCGGGGUAUAGCACAUGAUUUACUUACACAUGCUUCAUUCUAGUAUCUUGUUAAAAGACUGUCGGUAGAAUGGCUUGCAAUUGUCUUGGGGGAAAGCAGCAGCAGCCCACUGGAGUGCCUUUGCCUAUCUCUGAGGAUGCUGCUGCACUAGAUAAACUGAUGCUGUGACUUGGUGUAAGGCUGUGCAUCAUACAUUCAAACUUGUGAUGUUCUUCUAGUGCGAGGAAUUAGACUUGAACUUGAUAGGCUGAUCCUAUUUCUGUUUGUAGGAGAAAUGAGCAUCCCGUGUCUUGUGAUUUUUCACUGAUCCAUGUACUAGGUCUCAAGGCCAAGACUGUUCCUAUACUGUCUCAUCGAACAUAUGCAACUGAUUCAUAGAUGCUAAGUGUUUUGACACUUAUUUCCAUGCCUGCUGCCAACUUUGAUGUGAGAUAUCUGACAUGUCCUGUAAGAAUAGGUCUACAUGGGAAACUUCUUGUACUCAAUGGGAUUGUGUGUAAAUGCUUUAAUGAGUAAAAUCUACUUUGAAAGACAGGAAGUCCACAAAUCUUAAGUAAAAAGUUUGAAAACUUUGUGAUGCAUAUAUGCUGACAAUUAGUAUAGAAUUUUUUUAUUCUACCAUGUAGCAGAGAAAUUGCAGGUUAUGUGAGAAAUGUGAAACCUUUAAACCAUAUCCUUUCCCCCGAGAAUCUAGAAUGGACACCUUUUUAUUUUAAAAACUUGGAAAUAGUAAUUUGAGUACUAUCGUGCUUAUCUUUGUAUUACAAGUUUAACAGUUUAAACUGUAAAUUCUUUUAACAAUGGGAGCUGUUGCAUAAGUAAAAGUGAAGCUCCAGUUGUGUGCACAACUCUUUAAAAGUCCAUCUAUCAUUUGACACAGACUCCUGUUUCUAAUUUUGUUCCUAGAGUCUGAUACGAAGUUGAUUCCCAAGGAGAUUCUUUCCAAAAAGCAACUGCUUUCAACUUAAUUCAGAGAGCCAGUUUGGUGUAGUGGUUAAGUGCUUGGACUCUAAUCUGGGAGAACCA